AUGGCGUUAUCGCUGAGGCCGUCCAUUACCAGAAGAUUAUUAUACUCAAAUUCAUGCUUAGCCUACGCCGACUUCUCGGGCACCCUGAUUUCCGACGACCGCCGCAGAGACCCCCCGACGCAUAACCUCCAUGACUCCUCACUGAUCAACAUGCUGGAGCUCAACUCACAGCUCAAGCACCUCACAAAAUCCGGCGACCUGAAAACUGCCCGCAACAUGUUCGACACAAUGCCCCAUAGGGACGAGAUCUCCUGGACCACCAUGAUUGCCGGCUACAUCAGCUCCUCAGACCCGUCCGAAGCGCUUUCUUUGUUCUCGAAAAUGUGGGUCGACCCGGAUGUCGUAAUGGACCCAUUUAUACUCAGCCUUGCUUUGAAAGCGUGCGGCCUGAAUGUAAAUUUGUGUUAUGGUCAAGGGCUGCACGGGUACUCCGUGAAAUCCAGCUUCAUCCGCUCAGUUUUUGUCGGGAGUUCGGUUCUCGACAUGUACAUGAAGACUGGAAGAGUUUUUGAGGGGUGUGCGGUCUUUGACGAAAUGCCGUCAAGAAAUGUGGUAUCUUGGACAGCAGUCAUCACAGGCCUCGUCCGGGCAGGUCUCCACUCCCGGGGGCUUUUAUAUUUAUCCCAGAUGUGGAGGGACGGGGUCGAGUAUGAUUCCUACACGUUUGCUAUUGCACUCAAGGCGUGUGCUGAUCUCGAGCUGUUGCAUAAUGGGAAGGAGAUUCACGCCCGCAUAUUAAAAAGGGGUGUAGACACGACCACAUAUGUGGCCAACAGCCUUUCCACAAUGUACAAUAAGUGCGGGAAAGUAGAAUACGGCUCGUUUCUAUUCGAGAGCAUGACUAAACCGGACGUGGUUUCUUGGACGUCCAUGAUAACCACGUACUUCCAGACGGGCGAAGAGGAACAGGGGAUUAAUUCCUUUUCACGCAUGCGAGCAUGCGGUAUAAGCCCCAAUGAGUACACUUACGCGGCAGUUAUUUCGGGAGUCGCAAAUAUCGCGAAGCUCGAGUGGGGCCUGCAGCUGCACGCGCACGUCCUGCUUGUGGGUCUCAUAGACUCUCUAUCUGUGGCGAAUUCGAUUAUGACCAUCCUGGUUAAAAUUCGAGCCAGACCUGAACCCAUUGACAACUGGUUUGACUGUUCUGGGUUCGUGUUGGGCUGGCGAGCCUAG